AUGCACUAUUCAUAUUCCUCACUGUCCACCGGCGGCGUCGAUCAGCACAAUCGCUGCCUCGGCAACAGGGCCUGGUGUGUUAAGGAUAUUUGCGGCAUCGUUUGCGUUAUUAUGACCUGGCUGCUUAUACUGUUUGCGGAGUUUGUGGUGUGCGGCCUGAUACUGUUGCCAAGCUAUAGAAAUUACAGCCUGUUCAGUAGCAUCAAUAUGUUUAUAUUCCAAGCACUUGCAUUCCUGGCAUUCGUCUCACACCUGCGCACCAUGCUCUCGGAUCCGGGUGCUGUGCCUCGUGGGAAUGCCACCAAAGAGAUGAUCGAGCAAAUGGGCUAUCGUGAGGGUCAAAUGUUCUACAAGUGCCCCAAAUGCUGUAGUAUUAAACCAGAUCGUGCUCACCAUUGCUCCGUCUGCCAGCGCUGCAUACGAAAAAUGGAUCAUCACUGUCCCUGGGUUAACAAUUGCGUUGGCGAGAACAAUCAAAAGUAUUUUGUACUCUUUACGUUCUACAUAGCAUCCAUUUCGGUGCACACGCUCUUUCUGGUUAUGACGCAGUUCGCCGAGUGCGUGAGAAGCGAUUGGCGCACCUGCUCAACGUACUCACCGCCGACGACCAUAUUUCUGUUGCUCUUUCUCACGUUCGAAGGUCUAAUGUUCGGCAUAUUCACGAUUAUAAUGCUGUUAUCCCAGCUAAAUGCCAUAUUGAACGAUCAAACGGGCAUCGAGCAACUGAAGAAGGAAGAGGCGCGUUGGGCCAAAAAGUCGCGGCUUAAGAGCAUACAAUCUGUAUUCGGGCGCUUCUCGCUGGCCUGGUUCUCGCCUUUCACGGAGCCGUCCUGCCGCCACAAGUUCAGCACCCACUUCUAUUCGGUCUGAGCUGGAUCCUUCCAAAAAGAUGUUACUUACUGUAGCUUAAACGAACAAUAUGAAUGUACAAGUCCCGCUGCCACUUGUUCAACAUUCAAUAUGCACGCUGUGCUGUGUGUGUGUUUUGUGUGUGUCUGCGUGAAUUUACUUAAGCCUAACAUAAUUGGACAUAUGUAUCCUGUUCAGGUGCAACAUAUGUAAUAUACUUACAAAUAGUUAAUUAUUUAACUGAGCGAGAGAUUUUUACUUUGUAAACCCGAUGAGAGCCUGCUAUUUAUUUUAUAUAGAGAAAAAUAAACGUUC